AAAAGCAAAGGUAAGUCAAGUGAGUUUCGAGAUUCGUUGACCGAUCUCACAUACAGAGGGAGAAGCGAUGUCAGACACCGCCGUGUACGGAGGAGCAAUCGACUUGGAGCGAUCUAAGGAGGAGGAAGACGACGACGACUACGAUGAUGACGAAGAAGAGGAUACUUCGCCGGAGGUGACGGCGCAAUCAUCUCCGCGACCGCCGUUGUCGGCGAAUUUCGAGAAAGAUCGGCACUUGCUGUACUUGGAGAUGAUGUACGAGUUGCUUCCGUACCAUUACCAAUCGCAGGAGAUCAAUCGCCUAACACUCGCUCACUUCAUUAUCUCAGGCCUCCAUUUUAUUGGCGCAAGACACCGUGUUGACAAAGAUCUCGUUGCGAAUUGGGUUUUGUCCUUCCAGGCCUUGCCUAGUAACAGAGUUUCACUUAAAAAAGGAGAAUUCUACGGAUUCUUUGGUUCAAGGAGUUCUCAGUUUCCCGUAGAUGAGAAUGGGGAUUUAACUCACAACAACAGUCACCUGGCAAGCACUUACUGUGCAUUGGCCAUUCUAAAAGUCAUUGGUUAUGAUCUCUCGACCAUUGACUCCGAAUCACUAUUGUUGUCCAUGAAAAACCUUCAACAAGAUGAUGGAAGCUUUAUGCCUAUCCAUACUGGAGGCGAGACGGAUCUUCGAUUUGUAUAUUGUGCUGCUGCAAUUUCUGACAUGCUGGGUAACUGGAGUGGAAUGGACACGGAGAUGGCUAAGAACUACAUAUUAAACUGUCAGUCAUAUGAUGGUGGCUUUGGGUUGAUCCCUGGUUCUGAAUCUCAUGGUGGUGCUACUUACUGUGCUAUUGCAUCCCUUCGAUUGAUGGGAUUCAUUGGAGACGAUCUGUUGUCAAAUGAUUCAGGCAGUUCAGUAAUAGACUCUUCUUUGCUCCUCGACUGGUGCCUACAGAGACAAGCCAGUGAUGGUGGGUUUCAAGGUAGGACUAACAAGCGGAGCGACACAUGCUAUGCAUUCUGGAUUGGAGCUGUCCUCAAACUCUUGGGAGCAGAUGCAUUCAUCGACAAAAUUGCUCUGCGCCAAUUUUUACUGACAUGUCAGUCCAAGUAUGGUGGGUUCAGUAAAUUUCCUGGAGCUUUACCGGAUCUGUAUCAUUCAUACUAUGGUUAUACGGCUUUUAGCCUCUUGGAGGAACCGGGCUUGAGUCCUCUGUGCCCUGAGUUAGGGUUACCACUUCUUGAAGCCUCGGGAAUCUGAUGUUUAUUUUUAGAUUGCCCUCAAAGUCAUAUUCUUCUAUAACCAUUGUAACAUAUAUUUCAACAUUGCAAAGAAGAUAAUAUUGUAGUUCGUUCACUAAAAGUCAUUUUUUGCUGUUGGUUUCU